AUGUCUCAAUCACCAAAGGAACAGCUGGAGAAGCUCCAGCGGAUGCUGCAGAGGACCGGCGGCCGCGGAGGGUUCGGUAUGCCCAUCCGGCCCCCCGGUGGAGGCCCCGGAGGUGGUGCCAUUGCCGCCCUCGUCGCUGUCGGUCUCGCAGGAUAUGCCAUCUCGAACUCAUUCUUCAACGUUGAUGGUGGUCACCGUGCCAUCAAGUACUCCAGGAUCGGUGGUGUGAAGAAGGAUAUCUACAGCGAAGGAACUCACAUCAACAUUCCUUGGGUCGAGACGCCGGUUGUCUAUGACGUGCGCGCGAAGCCCCGGAACAUCGCCUCUUUGACGGGUACCAAGGAUCUGCAGAUGGUGAACAUUACCUGCCGUGUUCUGUCGAGACCCCGAGUCGAUGCCCUUCCGCAAAUCUACCGUACCCUCGGUAAAGACUUUGACGAGCGUGUGCUUCCGUCGAUUGUGAACGAGGUCCUGAAAAGCGUGGUGGCCCAGUUCAACGCCAGCCAGCUGAUCACUCAGCGUGAGAAUGUCGCUCGACUGGUGCGGGAUAACCUUGCCCGCCGCGCAGCCCGGUUCAACAUUGCCCUUGACGAUGUGUCGCUUACGCACCUAACAUUCUCCCCCGAAUUCACCGCCGCCGUCGAAGCCAAGCAGGUUGCUCAGCAAGAAGCCCAACGGGCGGCUUUCCUGGUCGACAAGGCCCGCCAAGAGAAGCAGGCUUUCAUUGUCCGUGCCCAGGGUGAGGCCCGGUCCGCCGAGCUGAUCGGAGAUGCGAUCAAGAAGAGCAAGAGUUACAUCGAGCUACGAAAGAUUGAGAACGCACGCCAAAUUGCCCAGAUCCUGCAGGAGAACGGCGCCCAGAACAAGCUGUACCUGGAUUCGCAGGGCUUGGGCUUGAACGUCAACGUCAACAGCGAGGAAAAAUAA